GCCCAGGAUGCACCCGCCAAGCCCGAGCGGCCCUCUGCUGGCCCUCGCAUGCCCUCCCUCAACCAGCUCGCCGCGCGCAUCAACCUGAAUGCGCCUACGCCCGCUCUAGCGGGCAGCCGUCCUCGCCUCGCCGCCUCGCUCCUCCGCACGAGCUCUGCCGCCUCCACGACUUCGUCUACCGCCGCGUCUGCCUCAGACUCCGUGGCCGUCAACGCCCCGACCUCGCGCGCCGAGUCGCCGGGAGCCCUCUCCGUCUCGCCGCCCCACAGCGACAGGAGCACCCCGGUGGGAGAGCAGGCAGACCCGGGCGAGCCGCUGACCACGGAGAAGGUCGAGAAGCACAACCAGGAGGUGACCGCCGACGAGAAGAAGCCGAGGCAGAAGAUGCCCGUCGGCUACAAGAACAUCCCCUCCCUCGACGCGAUCACUGCACGCCUCGCAAAGGCGAGGACGCUCAGCGUCGACGGCUCGGCCAAGCCUCCCGAGGCGGAGACCAUCGAGGAUCCCAAGACCCCAGGUCUGCGGAUCAAGGCUCCCGAGCACCCUCUCGAGCACACGUGGACGUUAUACCACGACAACAAGACGAAGGUGCCCUUCACGCCCGCCACGGCCACCUCCGAGGUCGCGCCGCCUGCGUCCGCCGGGGUCCACUACAUGGCGCCCGACACGGACGAGUACGAGGCGGGGCUGACGGUGAUCGGCGAGUUCGACACGGUCGAGUCCUUCUGCCGGUACUUCAACUGGCUCAAGCCGCCCUCGAAGCUCGAGCGCAACUCCAAUUACCACCUCUUCAAGUCGGGCAUCAAGCCGAUGUGGGAGGACGAGGCGAACGCGAACGGCGGCAAGUGGGUGCUCACGAUGAAGAACAACCCGCAGCUGCUCGACCGCUGCUGGUCGUGGCUCGCGAUGGCGCUCGUCGGCGAGGACCUCGACGAGGGCGACGAGAUCUGCGGCGCGGUCGUCAGCCUGCGCUCGAAGGUCGACCGCAUACAGCUCUGGACGCGCACGAAGGAGGACGUGGAGAAGAUCAACGGGAUCGCGCGCAAGAUGGUCAAGCUGCUCGACGUCUCCGAGACGGACGGCAUCGGUCUCGAGUUCCAGUACAACAAUGAUGACCGCCCAGUCCCGAACAAGUUCCUCACCAUCCAAGCGGUCCCUCAGUCGUCAUACCGCACCUCUUUCCACGGCAAGCCGCCAGGGUUCAACAGCCCCGUGUCUGGGCCUGGCGAAGGUCCACAGAUUGGCGGGGGGCCCGGUGGUGCCUUCGCUGGGUUUGGCGUGGGCGGUGGCGGCGUUCUUGGCUCUGGCUGGCGCGGAAAGCGC